AUGUCCGGUCGGAAAAGUCUAUUCCUAUUCCUGAUGAGCCUGGCCUGGAAGUCCAGGUACAGCAUGCCGCUGCUGCUCGGAGGAACAGCGGCGUUACUGGGGCAGGCGUGGAUGUUCCAGAUUAGAGUUCACACUGUACACAGGCUGAGGGAGAGUGAGUUAGCGUAUUAUGAUGAGAACACCGAAGAAGAUGACUCCUGGGAAACGGAAUCCACAGAUUCUUGGGAAACUAUCGUCGAGGAGGUCGCGUAUGGCUGA